AUGUCCACCACAGCGCUCCCGGGCCAAUAUCUCGUGCCCACGUACAAGUACGUGGACGACAAGACCAUCGAGAAGUAUGUGUCUGGCGCCGGCACCACCGUGGCGUCCAUCAAGGUCGAAGGGAACAAAUUUUCUGCGAUCCCCGUGAUCGUGGCCACCGUUUUGGGUAAGAAGGUCGUCCAGGAGAUAAUACCGGCAACCCCUGGUGCGGACCAACAAGAUGAAGACGACAACGCUAAGAAGGUGGCUCCAGUCAAGACCUACAUGGUGUCGGUGGUGCCGCCCCUGAACACCUAUUUGGACUACGAGCGAGAGCAGGCCACAGACACCACCACCACCACUGGCACUGGCACUAACAUUUCCAUCAACCUCCCACAAGAGAAUGACAUAGUUCUCGUUAGAAUCACAAAAAUCAACCCACGUCAGGCAUUUGCAGAGAUCUUGUCGGUGGAACGCCACGGGAACGUGAUCCGCGACUCUGGGCUCGGGUCCAAUGGCGAGCUUGCCCACCAAUCCAUGGCCCCUGGUGGCGGUUCGCAAAGUUUGAGUUCGCACACCACCAUUGCCUCGUCACAGUCCACCGCGCUUAACGCGGCCGCCAUUGAUUUGGGUGAAACUUUCAAGGGGGUUAUCCGUUCGCAGGAUGUGCGGCUGACGGAGCGUGACAAGGUCAAGAUCAUUGAUUGUUACCGUCCGGGCGACAUUGUACGCGCGGUGGUGAUUUCACUUGGUGAUGGGUCCAACUACUACUUGAGCACUGCCAAGGAUGACUUGGGGGUUAUCUUUGCCAAGAGCGAGGGUGGGUCUGGUGGCACCAUGUACGCCUUGGAUUGGCAACACAUGAUCUGUGACAAGACUGGGGUUGUAGAAUUGCGUAAAUGUGCAAAGCCCUUUGUUUAG